AUGCCAAGCAGACUAAUGCAAACUGCCCGUCAAGUGAAAAUUAGUAAUAUUUCAAAUGGUUCACUUGCCAUUGUGAAGGAUAUGUACUAUAAGUUCAACGUUACGGUUACUGACAUUGACAGUAACACCGACCCAUGGUAUCCUGGUUGCAACAAAUGCUACAAGCGAGUUACUGUUAUAAAUAGUAUUGCAAAUUGUACCUACUGUAGAGCUGAAGAUAUUGAUUAUGAGGCGAGAGCAUUAUCUGAAGAGUCUGAAGUUAGAGGAAUUGUUGCUUAUAACUUAUUUUUAUCAUAUCUGCACGUGCUGAAAGCCGUCCCAGAAUCUAUUUAUUGUGCUGCAAAAAAAUUGGAACAUGAACCUCCAGCAUUCUGUUGUGCAAGCGGAUAUAUCAAAUUGGCAAACACUGAAGCACCAACAGAACUAUAUGAAAUGUUUGUGGCAUCUACUCAAGACGCGGUAGAGUUUCGCAAAAAUAUUCGUGCAUAUAAUAGUAUCUUUGCUUUUACAUCUUUUGGUGUUAACCUGGAUAAGGAACUAGCAUCUGCAAAAAAAGGAGUAUACACAUUCAGGGCACAAGGUCAAAUUUAUCACGAUCUACCAUUGUUGCUACCACGUGAUAACAAUCCAUGUUACUUCCAACUAUACUUCUUUGAUACAGACAACGAAUUGACCAACAAGCUAUCAAAGGUGAAUGAAGGAAUUCUUUCAGACCAUAUUGCAAAAAAAAUCAAACAGGUAAUGGAGAGUAACCCAUAUGCACAAAUAUUUUGCCAAUUAAAAAACCAAACAAGUUUCCACAAUUUUCAACUUCGUAUUGCUGCAAAUGCCUCUUUGGAUCAACGAGUGUACAACAGACCCUCGGUAAGUCAAGUAGCAGCAAUUUGGAUCGAUGGAAACAAUCGAAAUAUACCUUUUGAUCGAGAAAUAAUUGUUCACGAGCACUCAGGAAGAAGUGCUCACUCACCACCUAUACUCAAUGAUAUUCCAACAUUCAAAUCAGCUGAUGCAGUAUUAGCCAACGAGGAUCAAGAUGUCCGCCGUGAGACAAUAGGAAAUGUUUCUUGCAGAGAGUACUAUUGUUAUAAGCUACAACUACGAGAAACAGAGAGGGGAGAUAGAAUUGGGCAAAGAAUACUACUUCCAUCAUCUUUUAUUGGGGGGCCACGAUAUAUGAAAAAACGCUAUAUGGAUGCAAUGGCUUUGGUACAACAUUUUGGUAGACCAGAUCUGUUUAUAACAAUGACGUGCAAUCCUGACUGGAUUGAAAUCCAACAAGAAGUGCGCCCCAGACAAACUCCUCAAGAUAGACCUGACUUGGUAACAAAAGUAUUCAGAGCUAAGUUGCAGGAUCUAAAAGACCAAAUUUUCAAGAAAGAAAUAUUUGAAAUUGUUGUUGCUCAUGUAUUCGUGGUAGAAUUUCAAAAACGGGGACUACCACACAUACACCUACUUCUCAUAUUAAAAGAAGGGCACAACAUCAAAUCAGGAGAUCAGUACGAUAGGUUUAUCUCAACAGAGAUUCCAUAUAUAUAUGAGUAUCCUAUAUUGCAUAAAUUAGUGCUCAAACAUAUGAUGCAUGGUCCAUGUGGAAACAAACGUCCAACAAACACAUGCAUUAAAUCAAUCCAAGCAAAAGAUGGAUAUCCAAUUUAUAAAAGAAGAAUGGAUGGAAGAAUAAAGAUUGUUUGUGGAAUGCAUAUGACAAAUCAAUGGGUAGUACCUUAUAGCCCUUAUCUGCUUACAAGAUACAAUUGUCACAUUAAUGUUGAGGUUUGCUCAGGAGUCAAAGCAAUAAAGUAUCUAUACAAGUAUAUAUAUAAAGGACAUGAUCGGUGUGCAGUUUAUGUUCAGUCUGAUGAUGGUGAAAAUGUUAUUGACGAAAUACAAACAUUUCAAGAUGCGCGAUGGGUCUCACCGCCUGAAGCACUAUGGAGAAUAUAUGAAUUCAACUUGACUGAAAUGCAACCUGCAGUCAUCAACCUUCAACUACAUUUGCCAGAAAAACAUUCAGGUACACAUAUUAAUGCAUUAUAA